AAGAGUGAUCAAGAGAAUCAAAUCUCAAAUAAAGGAUAGAGAAUCGAAUUUUAAGGUUAGAAGUGAAGUCGGGAUCAAGAGUCGAGCUCUAAAUGGGUCGGGUCCAAAUCGUGGUCGUGAGUUUUAUUGAAUAAAGUUUUUCUUCUUGAGGAAUUGUUAAUGGCGUCUUCUUCUCAGUCCGUAUUCAAUGUGUUCGUCUAUGGCAGCUUAUUAGCUGACGACAUUGUUCGUGCUCUUCUCAAACGCGUCCCUCCUUCUAAUCCUGCGAUCCUCCACAACUAUCAUAGGUUCAGCAUCAAAGGGCGUGUGUAUCCUGCCAUUCUACCAGUUGAGAACAAAAGAGUUAAUGGGAAGGUUCUUUUGGAUAUCAGUGUCCCUGAAUUGAAUAUCCUGGAUGCAUUUGAGGACGUUGAGUAUGAAAGGACGACUGUUGAUGUUUCCCUGAUGGACAGUUCCAAGACAUUGCAGGUUGAAACAUAUGUUUGGGUUAACAACAGGGAUCCAGAUUUACAUGGGGAAUGGGACUUUGAGGAAUGGGAAGUGUUGCACAAGAGAGACUUCUUGAAAAUGACAAUGGAAUUCAGUGAAGAAAUGGAGCUACCUGAAUCAAAAACCAGAGUGGCAACUUAUGAAUCCUUCUAUGCACAGGAAGAGAACAAGUCCAAACCUUGAUACAGCUAUAGUUUAUAGCGGAGACAAAAACAGUAGGUGAUUUUUUCUCAUAUGUUCUAGUCUUGAUGGACAGUGUUACUUGGUGUUGUUGCUGGUGGAAAUAUUGUUAAUAAAGCACAAAGGCUAAGCCACCUCCCCUCUUCAUCCACCAAAAGAAAAUACUAAUAAAUUAGAGAGGGCAAUUGGGCUUAGUAACAUGGAUAUGUUACCCUUUGGUUGCAUAGGAGUGAUUAUUUAUCAUCUUAUGUAAAUUUCAUAGGAUCAUUUGUAGAUAGUAGAAGAACACUUUUUAUUUAUAAGUUUUCUUUAUGUCUUGGAUGAACCCGAAAACAUCUGAUUAUGGGUAAAAAGAUACUAUCCAUUCUAUCACAAUCUUCGAGUGGUACUUGUGCUCUAACGAAAGCAAGUACAUAUGUAAUUUAAGAAUGGAUUGAUUUUAUAUGUGAUUUUCUUUCUUACAUAAA